AUGGCAUGCCUCUCAGAAGAGCUGCAGCAGCAGCACUGGCUGCUGCUGCCAGCGUCCUUAGGAGGUAGGGGGGCCCCCCAGGGCUUUCAGCAGACUGUGAACGCUCUAGAGAACUUCGGAUAUCAUGAGGGGCCCCUGGGGGCUCCACAGGAGACGGGGGGCCCCCAGGGGGGCCCCCUGACAGGACCCCAUUAUCAGCUGCAGCAGCAACAGCAGCAACAGCAGCAGCAUCAACAGCAACAACUCUUCGAGCAGCCAAGCCGCAUGCAGCAGCAGCAACAGCAACAGCAACAGCAACAACAGAUGCAGCAGCAGCGGCACCAGGAGAUGCUGCUGCCAACGAUGCAGGUCCAGCAGCACCAUAUGCAACAGCAGCACAUGCAGCAACAGCAGCAGCAGCACAUGCAGCAGCAGCAACGGCGCAUGCAACAGCAGCAACACAUGCAGCGACACCCGCACAUGCAGCAGCAGCCGCAGCAGCACGUGCCGCAGCAGCCGCAGCCGCACAUGCAGGAGGAACAGCACAUGCAGCAGCACCAGCAUAUGCAGCAGCAGCAGCAACAGCAUCGCAUGCAGCAGCAGCAGCAGCAGCACAUGCAGCACCAGCAACGGAUGCAGCAUCAGCAUCACAUGCAGCCGCAGAUGCAGCAGCAGCAGCAUCACGCGCAGCAGCAACACUUGCAGCAGCAGCAUAUGCCUCAGCCGCACAUGCAGCACCGCCACAUGCAGCAGCAUAUGCAGCACCAGCAACAGCACAUGCAUCAGCAUCACAUGCAGCAGCAGCACACGAUGCCGCUGCCCCCAAUUCCGCCGCAGCAACUUGCUGCCUCUCACCUCCCGCUGCAGCAUCAGGGUUAUAUGCAGCAGCAGCACCUGCAGCAGCACUUGCAGCACCUCCCCCUUAUACCGUCGCCGCAGCAGGCACUCCAGCAACAGCAACAGCAGCAGCAGCAGCAGCAGCAGCAGCAGCAGAAUAUCCAUCAGAACCAGCUGGGGUUCUCCCAGCAGCUAUUGCAGCUGCCGCUACGCACGCAGCAGCAGCAGCAGCAGCUGAUUCCGACGCAGCAGAAGCCACAAGGCGCAACACUGCAACAACAGCAGCAGCAGAUGGGCCCCCCGCAGCAGCAGCAACUGCAGCAACAGCAGCUGCUACUGCUGCAGCAGCAGCAGGUGCACCAACAGGUUUUGUCAGAGGCAGACUCCCCCGUACACUGCAAGGGCCAGCAGCAGCAGCACGAGGGGGGGCGUCAGCUAACGAGCUCUUCGCGUACUCCUGCUGCUGCUGCUGCUGCUACUGCUGCUGCGGGUGGUGCUCAGGGCUCUUCUCUGAGCGCAGAGAUGCAGAAGGGGGUGCAGCAGCUGCUGCAGCUGCAGCAGGCUGCUGCGCUGCUGGAGCAGCGGGAGAUGGACGUCGCCCUAAAGGAAUUGGAGGCCGUAUACUUGCCUCUCUUCUGCAGCAGCGAAGCUGCAGCAGAAAGCAGCAGCAACAGCAGCUGCUGCAACAGCAGCGAGGUCGCUGCUGUUUCGCAGGAGAGCCCGACCAAAGACACCGCCAGAAGCGCCAGCAGUAGCAGCAUGUGCUGCAGCAGCAGCAGCAGCAGCAGCAGCAGCAGCAGCAGCUCUUUGUUUUGGAGUCUGCCUCUCUUCAAGCUGCUGGCCCUGAGGAGACAGCGAGGGGACACAUUCACUGCUUUAGGCGAAGGUAGAUGGGUCCCCUGGCCUGCGAGUCGUCGAGACGCGCAGUGUUUGCUGCUGCAGCAGCAGCUGCUGCUGCAGCAGCUGCAGCAGGAUCAGCAGCAGCAGCAGGAUCAGCAGCAGCAGGAUCAGGAUCAACAGCAGCAGCAGCUGCUGCUGCUGGGCCUCUGGCGCACCGGCCAGACUGGGGCCCCUACUCUCGAGUGCCCCUCUGAUGCUGCAGCAAAGAUCAGCAGCAUUAUGCAGCUACCGCUUCCUCUUUACUUCUCUCUUCAACCUACAUCAGAGGCCUCUUCGUUCUUCUGCUGGAGGCCCUUGGGGCCCCCCCAGGUAUGCACACAAACUACCGCACCCCCUGCUGCUGCUGCUGCUGCGGAUGCUGCUGAUGCUCAGCCACCCCUGCGCCUGCAAACUGAAGCCACCGCAGAGGAAACACACGAACGCAUCGGGCAGCAGCUGCAUCAGCAACAGCAGCAGCAGCAACACCAGCAGCAACAGCAGCAGCAGCAGCAGCAACAGCAGCAGCAACAGCAGGAGCUGCAGCAGCAACAGCAGCAGCAACAACAACAGCAGCAGCGCGGCCACCAGGGUGAGCACGCACAGGAGCUGCUGCAGCAACGGCAAGAAGCGCCACAAGAAAACCUGCAGGAGCAGCAGCAAGUGAAGGAGCCUCCUCAGCAUCAGCUGCAGCAGAACCUGCUGCAGCAGCAGGGCAUGGAUCAGCAGGAGCUGCAGCGACGAGGACUGCAGCAGCAGCAGCAGCAACUGGAGCAGCUGGAAGUACAGGGGCGGCAGCCACAGCAGCAGGACCUACAGCAACAGGAGGUGCAGCAGCAACAGCUGCAGCAACAAGAGCUGCAGCAGCAAGUGAUGCAGCAGCAACAGCUGCAGCAACAGGAGCCGCAGCAACAGGAGCUGCAGCAGCAACAGCUGCAGCAACAAGAGCUGCAGCAGCAAGACCUGCAGCAACAGGAGCUGCAGCAGCAAGAGGUACAGCAGCAACAGCUGCAGCAACAGGAGCUGCAGCAGCAACAGCUGCAGCAGCAGGAGCUGCAGCAGCAAGAACAGCAGCACCAGGAGCUGCAGCAACCGCAGCUGCUGCAACAGGAGCUGCAGCAGCAGGAGCUGCAGCAACAGAAGCUGCAGCAACAGGAACUGCAGCAGCAGGAGCUGCGGCAGCAAGAGCUGCAGCAACAGGAGCUGCAGCAACAGCUGCGAAAACAGGAGCUGCAGCAGCAAGAGCUGCAGCAACAGGAGCUGCAGCAACACGAGCUGCAUCGGCAAGAGCUGCAGGAACAGGAGCUGCAGCAGCAAGAGCUGCAGCAACAGGAGCAGCAGCAGCAGCAUGCCGCAAGCUGUGGUCUCCCUUUUAAGUGUUUUGUAGAGAUGGGGACCGCAGCUGACGGCUGCUGCGGCCUCCUUGAGGCUUGA